UUUGACGGUUGUUAUUGGCAUAUUUAUUUUGUUAAUAAUGAUACAAGUACUUCAGUCGGGAUUUAGUGAGUACGACGAAAACGUGGACACCAGUAACACCAGUUCCAACAGUGAUGCCUCUGAGACCUGUUCAUCCAUUAGACUUAGUCCACCUGUAACCUAUAGAAGACCCGUCAUCAUAGAAGACUCACCUUCGUUGGUGCACAAAGCAAUAAUAUCUGACAAUGAAUGCGACAGUCAGAAAAAGAAAGGUCGCAUAAGCUACUCACUAGUUCAAGUCCGAAGACUGGAGUCAGUACUGACUAAGACACCGUACCCGGAUAUCGAGACUUUGGAGGCUUUGUCACAGGAAUUUGGGAUACCCCAGCAGAGAAUUAAGGUUUGGUUUCAAAACAAGCGUGCUCGCCGGAAACGUCUAUUACCCAGCAUUCACCGGGCCUACCCAUUUGUUCCUUUCCAUCCAGCAACAUCUAUCGGGCCAUCUGCUUCACCGUAUAGUUUUAUGUCUCCUGCAUCAGUCAUCCCACAUCCACCCUUCUACCAUGGACUUUCUGGAUCUGGUUCUACGUCCAUGAUGCCCAGCGGUUAUCUGUUCCCUGUGUUUCCACAACUAUACCAAUAGACGUCUAACCAGUAACAUAUGCCUUCCGGUUUUGAUGUUUUGAAGAAGAAGAUAAAAUUUAAACCAACAAUCAACAACAACUAAAUUCCCGCAGAAAGAUUUACAGUGUCUUUUAUUACAUUUAGUGUUUGGCAUGUUUAUAUUUACUAGUCAAUUGGUAUUUAUAGAGAAACACACUACAAGUGGACACAGGCCGUGAUAUGUGCUUUCUUGUCUGUGGGAAAGUGCAUAUAAAAGAUCCCUUGCUUCAUUAGGAACAAUGUAGCGGGUUUCCUCUAAUGACUACGAGUCAGAAUUACCAAAUGUUUCACAUCCAUUAGCCAAUGAUUAAUUAAUCAAUGUGCUCCAGUCGUGUCGUUAAACAAAAAAAAACUCUUAUAGAGAAACAAGAAUACAACAAUCACCUAACAGUAUUCCUUCGAUGAAGCCCACUGAGAUACGUUACCGUCAUCAUUUGAUAUGAUUCCACAAAGGACAGUAGACUAGUGAAGUUUACGAACAUGUUAAAGAAAAUUACGGAAAUUUACGAAUAUGUUCAAGCAUAUCACGGAAAAUUAUGAACAUGUUAAAAAUACGACGCACAUUUACGAACAUGUUAAAACAAAUGACGGACAUAGUUUACGAACAUACAUUUGAGCAUCAAAGGUAAAUGUAAAAGGCUUUAUGAAGUAGUAUUUAUAUGAAUCAGUAGAUGUAUUUAUGAGCUUUCCGGAAAAUAGUGCUAGCAUCAAGGGCAGAUACAGGAUUUUUGGUAAGGUUGGACAAUUGUGAAAAUAUGAACCUAUAUACGUUUCCUGUUUUAAAAACAAACGUGGGCGCAAAACAUAUCUCUAGAUCCGUCCACAUGCAUUCUGUCGUGCUUUGUAAAUACUGUUCACCAUCUGUUACUUUUUGAAUGUUUGUUAAGCAUAUUAUUCUACACACGUAUUUUGUACCAAAACAAAUAUUUGUCAAAACUGACACCGACCUAUAGUGAUUGGACCCGAACACAUAAUCAUUUAUAUUUAUAAUAUUUUGAAAAUAAAUAAAAAUAUAUGCACAAUU